AUGGCUUCCAACCUUUCUACACGAGCGGUCAGGUCCGCCUGCCUUGCAUCCAAGGCUGCUCCUCGUCCCCUGAUCACUCUCAUCCCCCGUCGCUCCGUAGCCACCUCCGACGCCCCGGAGCCUUUGGCCCAAGCAGACCAACCACGAUGGUCGUACACUCCCCCGAAGACGAAGGCGCCCUUCAGCAUGCGCAUGCACUCAAAGCGCCCUAAUUUCCACAACAACUCCGACCCGGAUGUCCUUGACCAGUUCUAUAUCCGCAUGUUGGGCAAUGGCGGCGAAAAGCUUCUCUCGGAGGAGGUCAAGUGGUUGGCUGUGACGCACAAGAGUUUCGAUCAAGGACGCCGUGGAUUCAACGAUCGAUUGGCUUUCUUAGGAAAACGCAUCGUGCAACUGCAGACUUCGCUCGCUCUCGCGCAGAGCGCUGGAGCCGCAAACAACGCACCAAAGACAGACCAGUUUGGCCGCGAACCAUUUACUCACCCUUCUCUGGAAGGCCUGGGCAACCUCUCCACCAGCACCAAGAGCUUCCUGACCGACCGCACGAAGAUGGCCGAACUGGCGCGCAAGUACGACAUGCAGAAAGUGAUCCGAUGGGAACCCCGGAAGCCCGACAACCUCAUCGCAUCUGGACUUGAGCUGGUCUUGGCCCACACCAUGUACGCGGUCAUUGGAGCGGUCUCGUUGGAGAAGGGAGGACUUGUUGCCAACAAGCUGGCACAGGAGCGGAUACUCGAGCCUUUGGGUAUCAAGUCGGUCUCAUAA